AAUUUCUGCAUUACUGUACACUAACAAGUUGGAAAAAAAUUAAUUUUCAAUUUUCUCCACCAGUCGUGUUCAUAGCGCAUUUCAAAACUCACCUAAUUGUCUGUUGUUGAUGUUUACAAUACUUGCCGCCAAAUCUUUAACCAAAAAAUCUUACUUUCGUGAAUUACUUGUUGAAUUACUUUAUGAUAUUUUAAAAAUUAAAAAAAUAAAAAUGGAUAAUAUUACAGAUCUUCUCAAAGUUUACUACUCAAGAUUAUUUCCUCUUGAUGAAUAUUACAAAUGGCUCAGCUACGGAGAUGCGGAUCUAUUCAAGCUCAGAGAAUUUUCAUUUACCCUUGAAGGCGACAUAUAUAUCCGAUAUCAAGCCUUUAAUGAUCAGAAUGAUUUAGGAAAAGCAUUAGUAUCAAUGUUUCCAGUGAAAAUUGAUAUUGGCGCAGUCUUUAAUAUUUUCCCAGGAGAAAAAUCAGGAUCUAAAAAAUUAGAAGCUAUGGAAAGAGAACUUGUUUUUGAUAUUGAUUUAACAGAUUAUGAUGAAGUGAGAACCUGCUGUUCAGAAGCAAAUAUCUGCAACAAAUGCUGGAAAUACAUGUCAAUUGCUUGUAAAAUACUUGACGUUGCUCUUCGAGAUGACUAUGGUUUUGAACAUAUAUUGUGGGUAUUUUCUGGUCGACGUGGUAUUCAUGCAUGGAUCUGUGACUCAGUAGCUCGUUCAUUAGAUUCUUCACAGAGAGGAGCUAUUGCUGAGUACUUUCAAUUGAUUUUUGGAGGUGCUUAUUCUAAAAGAAAAGUCAAUUUAUACAAAAUUCACCCAUCAGUUAGACGAGCACUAAACAUUAUUUCUCCUAUUUUUGUGCCAAUGUGUGUCGAAGAGCAAAAUAUGCUAGGUACGGAAAAAAAUAUCAACAAAUUUUUAAUACUUUUGCCUGAUGAUGACACGAGGAAAGAAGUUAAAAGCUUAUUUGACAGAUAUACGACCAGUUUAGACCGAUGGAAUGCAUUCUUGAGUUAUCAUGAACAAACCAAGGGAAAAGGUACUAAGUGGAGACAACACAAGAAUUUCAUUGAUGAAAUAAUGAUUGAAUAUUGUUAUCCUCGACUGGAUAUAAAUGUAACUAAAGGCUUGAACCAUUUACUAAAAUCACCGUUUUGCGUUCAUCCUAAAACUGGUAAAAUAUCAGUUCCAUUUAAUCCAAAAGCUGUUGAUAAGUUCGAUCCGAUAACAGUUCCCACCAUACACAAAGUUAUUGAAGAAAUCAAUGCUUAUGAUAAUUUAGACAAAACUGUUGAAGGUGAUUCCAGUCAGGCCAAAAGGAUAAAAGAUUACAAGAAAACAAGUUUGAAUAAGCCUUUGCAUGUAUUUAAUGAAUUUUUACGGAAAUUAGAACUUGCGAGAACUAAGGAAAAUAUUGCAGCGGUUGAGUUGAUGGAAUUUUGAAAUUAUAAUUCUGUCACUGAAGUUAAUUAAAUUAUUUUUUAUACUCUUUCCUUUUGUAU